AUGGAGAGCGAGCAUAUUCCUAAAGGAGAUCAGACACGAGAGGAGAUCUUCAGAAUGCCGCCGAAAAGGUACAUCGUCGUAGAAAACAUAACACAUAAGAAGACAUCUUCACGGUUCCUCGGGAGAAAGCAGAAUCCAUAUACAGGAAGUGACAGAAAACAAUAUAUUCAAGCUGCAGCCACAAAAUAG